AUGCCACUUCCAACAUCUGAGGAUUGGCGAAAUUGUGCAAGACGAUUUGGAGAACUCUGGGAUUAUCCCUUUGCCAUCGGAGCACUGGAUGGAAAACAUAUUCCUUUGUAUAAUCCAAUUCACGCUGGUUCCAUGUACUAUAACUACAAAGGCUAUCCUAGCAUUGUUUUGAUGGCAUUCAGUGAUGCAGACUCCUGUUUUAUUCUUACUGAUUGUGGCCAGUACGGCAGGAUUAGCGAUGGAGGAGUUUCUGCAAAUACUUGCAUGUGUAAAAUGUUAAAUAAUGGCAAACUGAACAUUCCGAGUGAUGGUUUUCGAGUGAGUACAUCCGACCUGGAAAUUCCAUACAUGAUAAUUGCUGAUGAGGCUUUCCCGUUAAAGGCACAGUUGAUGAAACCAUAUCCAGGGCGUGGUAUGGAUGAUAUGAGAAGAGCUUACAAUUAUCGCCAUUCGCGUGCCCGACGUUCUGUAGAGUGUGCAUUUGGCAUUCUAGCGAAAAAAUUCGAAAUAUUUCAGAGAGCUAUGCGCCUUCAACCAGACAAGGCUGUUAUGGUAACAAAUGCUGGAUGUGUCCUUCACAAUUUUAUUCGUCGUCGUGACGGACAAUUGAUUGAUCGAAGUUCAGACAUUGUUUAUGAAGAAAUAGCUCCCCUUGGAGGAGGUAUGAUCCACCUUCAACGGCAGGGUGGAGGGAGAGCAGCGGAUAGGGCAGUUGCCAUUCGAGACGCUAUCAAAGACUUUGUUACCCAUCCAGACGGCACUGUGUUCUAG